AUGGGGGAGAAUCCACCGCCACCAGAAAGACUGUUGGGUGACUAUAGAGGUGCAAAUGCACCAACCGGAAGAUUAAAAAUUGUCAACCAACCAGUGAACGUGGCUAAUUUCCAGUUACAUCCUAGUACUAUUAAUCAACUUGAAAGGAAGCAUUUCACUGGAAAGGUAAAUGAAGAUGCAAACAAGCAUUUGCAGAGGUUUCUAACCAUGAGCAACACUCUAAAAAUUGAUGGUCAACCCGAGGAAGCUAAGAAGUUGAGAAUGUUCCCGUUCACCUUAGCGGAAGAAGCCAAAGAAUGGUUUUAUACUCUACCUGCCAGUAACAUCACAUCUUGGGAAGAGAUGGAAAAAUCCUUCCUGAAUAAGUAUUUUCCAGCAUCGGUUUUUCUGCGGAAGAGGUAUGAAAUUCUAAAUUUUAAGCAGAAGGACGGGGAAACUUUGGGAGAUGCCUACAAGAGAUUCAAGAGAGUCAUGGUCGCCUGCCCAACUCAUAAUAAGGAUCCAACCGAACAAAUGAAGAUGUUUGUGAAUGGUCUCAAAAUAAAGACCAAACAAUUGAUUGAUACCGCAGUCGGUGGCUCUACUAAUUUCUCAACAACCACCGGUAUCAAGAAGAUCAUCGAAGCUAUUGUUGCUAAUGAGCACUUGGAGCUGUACAAUAGAUGUCAAAGUAAACUAGAAGGGGUAUUCGAUUUAAAGCUGGAAACCAAUAAAAUCCAUAUCGAAGAUACUAUAGCUGCUGAAGUUGAGAAGAAGCUGAAGGCGAUGAAUAUAGGUACCCAACAGGUGGCACAGGUCCAACCGGCUCCUACUGUCUAUUGUGAGAUUUGUAAUUGUUUGCACCAAACGGUGUAUUAUUUUGCGACUCCUCAACAGGUGGAGGAAAUCAAAUUUUUGAAUCAGAAUAAUCCCUAUUCCAACACGUACAAUCCGGGUUGGAAGAAUCAUCCCAACUUCUCUUGGAAAGACCAGAAAGGGAACACUCCUCAACACGGCCAAUAUCAAACUCAAUAUCAGCAACAACAGUAA